AUGCCUUACAACAACUUCUACCUCACCACGGUGACAAACGCUAAGGACUAUAAUGCAGCGAGAACUGCCGUUAAUCCUCUACUUGCAACGAACAGCUCCGUCGCCAGCAGUCCUUAUCAGCUUCCUGUUAACGUGUCUGGCAUGAACAUCUUCCAGUUAUCUGCUUCCAUGCCACAGGCAGCCGCCGAAUUCAUGAGAAACAAGGAGGGACCCGCCGAUCUGACGCCAGAUGGGGAUCCGUCAAUCGAACUGAAUCCGAACGCUGUCAGUCCAAGAAGAUUUGUUGACUACGCCACUAGUGAGCAGCUUCCCCUCUUUUGCUUCAUAUUCUUCUUUUUGUUCAUUAUCAUAGUUUCUUCUCUUCAUCCUUUAACUCGUCCUGCCCCCAUUCCUCCCCACAUUUUGAUUUUCCUGUUUCUUAUUUCCACCAAUUAUUUUGCCCUUUUAUAG